CGCAUACUCGUUCUUCGUAGCUCUACAAACACUACGUCUGCGCAUUACACCUGGCGACUGGCGACCGGAACAACUCUUAUUACACUGUCCACAACAUCAGGAACAUCAUCAGCAAGUGGUCUAAAGAACAGAACAGACAAAUAUGGCAGAUUCAAAGGCUCCUCGCCCCAGCAAUGCCACGCCCAGCGGCAGUGAGGAAGCAUUUCUCCAGAAUAUAAAAAACGUCGAAACAGUCGAAGGAACGCAUACUCUUGAGGACGGCACAGUGCUGUAUACCAAGACAUGGAAGGUUCGUUGUUUAUUGUCCGUUGUCCUUUGUCCGUUGUCCAUUUUAUUACAUUCUUCUUCUUCCUUGUUUUUUCCUCAUUUUUUCUAUUUUAUUUUUUUACUUUUCUUUGUUUUUUUAAUUUUUCCCGUCAUUUAUUUUACUUUAUUUCUGUCAUUUUCUCGUUUUCCUGCUAUUUCCUUUCUAUCUUUCUCCCAUCUUUAAGAUAAUCUAUUUCUUUCAUUCUUUCAUUCCCACCUUUUUUUACUUUAUCCUCUUUCUGUCUUUCCCACGUUUUAUAUUUAUUGCUAUUCUAUUUCUUACUGUCAUCAAUCCCCCUUCCCGUUCCAUUCUCCUACUUCAUCUACCCGACUCCAAACUCCAAUACCACUGAACUCCUUUUACA